AUGGCUUCCAGAUCAGAGGACGAUCUCUGCUGUUCUGUCUGCCACGACAUCUUUAAAGAUCCUGUCGUCCUGUCAUGCAGCCACAGCUUCUGUAAAGACUGUCUGCAGAGCUGGUGGACGGAGAAACCAACCAAAGAGUGUCCACUUUGUAAGAAAUCUUCGAGGAGUGAACCACCUUGUAACCUGGUGUUAAAGAAGCUGUGUGAGAGUUUCUUACAGGAGAGAGAUCAGAGAGCUUCAGAGGCUCUCUGCAGUCUGCACUCUGAGAAACUCAAACUCUUCUGUCUGGACCAUCAGCAGCCAGUGUGUCUCGUCUGCAUAGACUCAGAAGAACACACCAACCACACAUUCAGAUCCAUCAAUGAAGCUGCACAACAACACAAGAAGGAACUUCACGAAACUCUGGAGCCUUUAAAGGAGAAGAUAAAGUUUUUUAAAGAAGUUAAAGUGAAGUUUGAUCAAACAGCAGAACACAUUCAGGUCCAGGCCCGACGCACAGAGACGCAGAUUAAGGAGCAGUUUAAGAGGCUUCACCAGUUCCUAGAAGAGGAAGAGGAGGCCAGGAUGGCUGCACUGAGGGAGGAAGAGGAACAGAAGAGUCAGAUGAUGAAGGAGAAGAUGGAGGCUCUGAGCAGAAAGAUAUCAGCUCUUUCAGACACUAUCAGAGCCACAGAGGACGAGCUGAGAGCUGAACACGUCUCAUUCCUGCACAACUACAAGGCUGCAGUGGAAAGAGUCCAGCAGCGCCUCCUGCUGGAGGAUCCACAGCUGCCCUCAGGAGCUCUGAUAGACCAGGCCAAACACCUGGGCAACCUGGCCUUCAACAUCUGGAACAAGAUGAUGGACAUGGUCUCCUACAGUCCUGUUGUUCUGGACCCAAACACUGCUGGUCCAUAUCUCAUCCUGUCUGAAGAUCUGACCAGAGUGAGACAAGGAGAGGUCCAACUGCUUCCUGAUAAUCCAGAGAGGAUUGAUUAUUAUUCCUGCUCUGUUCUGGGCUCCGAGGGCUUUAACUCAGGGACUCACAGCUGGGAGGUCGAGGUUGGAGACAAUACAUUCUGGGAACUGGGUGUGUUAGCAGAGUCUGUCCAGGGGAGAGGAGACAUACGGUAUGGAUUAUGGAGAAUAUACCACUGUGGAGAUAAAUACUCAUCACGGUCACCAUCAGAUGAAUAUACUGCUCUCGUAGUGCAGAAGAAGUUCCAGAGGAUCAGAGUGAAUCUGGACUGGAACAGUGGAAAGCUUUUUUUUUCUGAUGCUGACACUAACAAAGACAUACACACCUUCACACACACUUUCACUGAGAGGAUGUUUCCAUAUUUUUACAAUGGGGAUGAUGAUCACCCACUGCAGGUUUUACCAGUGAAGGUCUCUGUGGCUGCAGGAUCCCUCAAACGCUCCUCGUCCUAUCCUACCUUAGCAACCGUUACUAAGAGAAGAAGUGUUGCCGGGGGUGAAGGAAGGUGUGUGGAGAGGAGUCCUGGUCUCUGGGGGACCAAGAGCUGUGCCCCUCUCGCUGGUCGAUGGAGAAAGAAGAAUGAAGAUAAGGAGUAUUGGCUCCACAUGAGGAGAGGGGAGCAACAUGAGCACAUACACAGAGGCAGCCACCUACAACCAUCACAUCAACAUCCAGGAGUAUUCAGACACUCUUACUGGCCAAAGAUCCCUCUACAAGACAUCUUCAACACCUCCCUGAGCCAAGCUGUUGUCCCCACCUGCUUUAAGAACACCACCAUCAUCCCGGUUCCAAAGAAGGCCUCUCCAUCCUGCUUCAAUGACUACCACCCUUUUGCAUAUCGGGCCAACCAGUCCACUGAUGAUGCAAUCUCCAACACCCUCCACUCAGCUCUCACUCACCUGGACAUUAAGGACUCACACGUGAAGAUGCUGUUCUUAGAUUUUAGUUCAGCUUUUAACACAAUCAUCCCCCAGCAGCUGAUACAGAAACUGGACUGUCUAGGACUAAACACCUCACUCUGCAACUGGUUGCUGGACUUCCUGACCGGAAGACCACAGGCAGUCCAGGUUGGCAGCAACGCAUCUGGCACCAUCACAUUGAACACAGGGCCCCCCCAAGGAUGCAUGCUCAGCCCCCUACUGUUUACUCUGCUGACCCACGGCUGCACACCAACACACAACAGCAACCUCCUCAUCAAGUGUGCAGACGAUACGACUUUUGGGGGGCUCAUCAACCACAACCAUGAGUCAAAUUACAGGGAUGAGGUGAGCAGAAUGGCCGAGUGGUACAGAGACAACAAUCUCUCUCUGAACGUGGAGAAGACCAAAGAGAUUGUCGACUUCCGGAGAGCCUCCACGCAGCACCCCCCACUGACCAUCAACGGUGCUGCUGUGGAGAGGGUGAGCAGCACCAAGUUCCUGGGUGUGCACCUAGAUGAGGACUUCUCCUGGAGCUGCAACACCACAUCACUGGCCAGGAAAGCUCAGCAGCGCCUCUACUUCCUCCGCAGACUGAGAAGAGCCGGAGCACCAGUCCACAUCAUGCACACGUUCUAA